GCAAAGGAUUUGUAAAUGCCAACCGAGAAAAAUAAUGACAAGAGGGCCUGUGUAACGCACAACUUGCAGCUCUGCCGUUAUAUAAGAAGGAGCCACCAUGGCCGCCUCAGUACAAACGCCUUGUGUCCUCUCACCUCUAGUGUCCUCCCUCGCCAAGAACCCGCCGCCGCCGUCGCCUCCCGGCCUCCGCUUCUAAGCCUCGAGGUCUCCGGCGUCAACCGAAGCAGCAGCGACAUGAAGCGCCUGCUCAGACGGCUCUCCCGCGUGGCCGCGGCCGACGCCUGCGCAUCCGCCGCGUACCAGCCGCUUCGGCCCGACGCUGCGGCGAAGGGCUCCUCCGCAGUCUCCUCUCCCUCGUCCUCAUUCUUCGGCGCGCGGAGGCUCGGCAGGGGCGCGCGGGUGCCGGAGGGGCACGUGCCGGUGUGCGUCGGAGAGGAGGGCGGCCCCGUGGAGCGCUUCGCCGUGCGGGCCGAGCUGCUGGGCCAGCCGGCGUUCAAGGCCCUGCUCCGGCGCGCCGCGCAGGAGUACGGCUACGGCCACCCAGGCGCGCUCCGCAUCCCCUGCGCCGUCGCCGACUUCCGCCGCCUCCUCCUCGGCCUCUCCGACCCCAGCUCCCAGGCCACCGACGACGACGACUCCGCGCUCUACUACUAGAGGCCUUCCAGCCCUUCUCCCCCGUCUCACCGUCCUCGUUCGGCUACCAUGGAGGGCGUGAUGGAAAAUUUGCCCCCUGGCAAAGGCAAAUCGGUGAACCAGCAGAGCAAAAUGCCAGCUGCUGCGCUCUGACCGAUCUGCCCCUGCGUGGAUGCUGUACAUAGGGAGGUCACAUGGGGUUGGCGGAGGGCAGGACGGGAUUCCGCCGCAUUUUCUACUGCAGCUCAGCAAUUUUAGGACCUGCUGUCUUGUGGGAAUUAGGGCUGUAAUUUCUUCUUUUCUCUUCUUUUUCUGAGUGUUCUUCUAGCUAGCUCUAGAUCUAGCUCUGGUAGUGCAAUGGAGCUUCUUCUUCCUCUUCAUUGGCUAGGGAUUUUGAGACCUUGAUAACACAUCAUGUAAGCCGCAAGGUUCGCCUCGUAUGAGUGAAAUGGAUGAUUUUGCUACUGCAAAA